GGCAGGGGAGAGGCCAGAUUGAGAGAGUGGAGAGGUGAGCUCUGGGUUAUGAGCUUGUGCUUAUUAACUAUUUUUUACAACUCUGGAGGAUUGUGAACAAGUGUGAGCAGGAGAGAGACUCUUCCGUCUAACCAGUUUGUCCAGUUUUUUUCUUAUCUCACCAGAAAGCCAGAGCAGGUAGUAUAGAGUCAUGCUUUUGGAUUUGUAACACACAAAGGGGGAUUGUUGUGGAUUCAUUAUCUUUUGCUGAAGGACACAGUCGUUGGCUCAGUUUUGUUUGAUCACUGUUUUUGUUGGGUUAGGGUUAGGAGAUUGUGCAGAGACUCAGUCAGGAUCUCACUGGAAAUAUUUGCAGAGAAGGAUGAGCAGUUUUCUGUACUUCAUCCUCCCAGCUCUGGGUGGAUACACUCUCACCUCGGUGUACCUGCUGAAGAACCCCCACAUUCUCCACAGGAGGAAACGCACUGCUUUUUACUGCACACACAUCUCACACAGAGGAGGAGGUGGAGAGAGGAUAGAGAGCACGAUGGACGCGUUCACAAAUGCGGUGGAGCAAGGCACACAGAUGCUGGAGAUGGACUGUCGCUUGACACGUGACGGACAUGUGGUAGUGUCACAUGAUGAGAAUCUGCUGAGGCAGACCGGCCAAGAUGUCACCAUCUCAUCACUCAAUCUACAGGAUUUGCCUCUGUAUAAAGAGAGACUAGAGGUGACAUUUUAUGCAGGUCGCUACAGCAACGGUCCAGACAGGAAGUUUGCUCUGCUGGAGGAUGUGUUCAGGAAGUUCCCUAAGUUGCCUGUCAGCGUUGAGAUCAAAGAAAACAACAAGCAGCUGAUGGAAAAGGUGUCGGACUUGGUUAGAUGCUACAACAGGGAGGAGAUCACUGUCUGGGCCUCUGUGGACUCCACCAUUAUGAUGGAAUGCCGCAGAACGAACGACUCCAUGCCGUACAGUUUCACCAUGAACCGAGGUCUGCUGCUUCUGCUUCUCUUCUACAGUGGCCUGCUGCCCUUCGUGCCCCUGGGAGAGAGUUUACUGCAGUUCUACCUGCCGCGCAUCAUCAACAGGACGUACAUUCCUGAGGAGAGCAUCCUGAGGAACAAGCUGGUCAUCUCUUUGUUAGAGAAAGUAACAAUGAGGAAGAGUCUUUUCAAACACCUCGCAGCCCGUGGAAUUCAGGUGCAUUUGUUUGUGUGCAAUGAAGAUGAAGACAUAAAGGCUGCAUUUGAAGUCGGGGCCACAGGGGUAAUGAGUGACUACCCGGCUCUUCUGUCAAGCUACCUCUGCAGAAACAGAAGUCAGGAUUGACCCCAAACACAUCCUCACAAUUCAUAACUGGCAGCUUUCUUAUGGAUGAGGACUGUGUAAAGAAAAGACCGUGAGAAAAAGUGUGAACAAGAAGUGUGAAAACCGUUUCUUCCACCGUGACAAGAUUAGACGACGAGUUGUUGGUCGAACUAUUAAACACCAUGCAGUGGGAAUAAAAUUAUUAUUCAAUUCUUUAAUCUGAAUCAUUGCUGAUAGAAUUAACUGCAAUUGUGUCACUUCUACUGCCUCCACCCACAUUCAGUCAGACAAAGCUCAGAGUUUAAAGAAACAGUCAGUGAUUUUUCUCAGCAACAAAUCUAACAGUGCUUUUAUUAGUGCACAGGGCCGGAGUACAAAAAGGUGACAAAUUAGACAGACAGGGUGUAACAAAAUAUAUAGACCGUUAUGUUGUUAGAGUAGACAAUUAUUAUGUGUAUGUCAAUGGGAGAACUUCUUAUUGACGUUGCCUUAUGUUUUAUGUGCAUGUGGUAUAGUGUGUUGUGCAUUGAUGUGCAGUAUGUGUAAGUGUGACCUGAGGAAUGUGCAGAUAUGUGUGGAGGAGGAGUAGGAGAGAGGGGAAAGAAUAUAAAGAAAUAAAUAACAAUUUGAGGAAAAACAGAAAUAAAAAACAUUUAAAAAAAAAAGACAAAGUGGUGAAAAAUAAACACAUAUACGGAUACGGAACACUUACUCGGGUUACGGGGGGGCCAGCGGGGUCACUACUACUUUUUUUCUUUUCCUUGUAUUUAGUUUUCUUAUCUUUAUCUUUUGGGUGCCAUUGUGUUGGGCCGCCCCCAGACCUAAGAGGGAGCUGGUCCAAUACAGGUCACUCCCAGCUUCCCACACUGCGCUACCUCCAGACCCUCUGGGAGUGAGUGUGUAUAAUGGAGGAAGUGUACUGUAGCUUCUAAGCCUCUUUGGGUUUUGGUUUUUUGAAGGGUUGUCAAUUUGAUGUGUCUCAUUAUUCCAAUAAUAUUUGGUGAUGAUGGCAUCUAAUGAUUGAAUCCAGGUGACGGUGGGUUGAAUUGGUAAGAAAUCAUUUAUUUUAGGGAGCAUUAUCAGUAGCUAUUCUGUCUGUAACAUAUCAGUAAGCAGUUUUAGACUGACUGACUGACUACAUAAGUAAUGCAACCAGUGUGUAUGGGCUGCUGCAUGUUGAUCUGUAGUGGAAAGAUAGUAGGUUUGGUCCAGUGUGUAACACAAUUGGAAAUUUUGAUGAUUCUCCAAAACCAAAUUUAUCUAAUGUGGCAAAUAGAAAUUUCCAAAGUAUCUAAACAAAAGCUUUUUCUGCAUCAAGGAACACAAUGGGGGAUUCUGCUUGCUGGAGAGAUAAAUAAUGUAUUAAACUGAACAGUUUGCUGGUAGUGCAGAGUUUUGUUUUAUUUCAGUUUGUUAAAAAAAAAAAAGUAGUGCUAGGAUUGAGCAGUGUUUGUAGCUGGAGUAAAUAUUUAACCAGCUGGACCAUGUCACCUGAUAACUCAUGAUAAGAGAGUAAACAUGACUGUUUUGACUGUGUCUGGUGUUUUUUGGACAUAAUUUGACUGGUUUGAAUAAGUGUUGAACUUUAGAAAUAAAUGAUCUGCAAAAAUUCA